AUGGAAUCUGGUAGAAGGGGAUGGAAUCUGGGAGAAGGGGAUGGAAUCUGGGAGAAGGGGAUGGAAUCUGAGAGAAGGGGAUGGAAUCUGGGAGAAGGGGAUGAAAUCUGGGAGAAGGGGGUGGACUCUGGGAGAAGGGGAUGGAAUCUGGGAGAAGAGGAUAGAAUCUGGGAGAAGGGGAUGGAAUCUGGGAGAAGGGGAUGGAAUCUGGGAGAAGGGGAUGGAAUCAGGGAGAAGGGGAUGGAAUCUGGGAGAAGGGGAUGGAAUCUGGGAGAAGGGGGUGGAAUCUGGGAGAGAGGGAUGGAAUCGGGGAGAAGGGGAUGGAAUAUGGGAGAAGGGGAUGGAAUCUGGAAGAAGGGGAUGGAAUAUGGGAGAAGGGGAUGGAAUGAGGGAAAAGGGGAUGGAAUCUGGGAGAAGGGGAUGGAAUCUGGGAGAAGGGGAUGGAAUCUAGGAGAAGGGGAUGAAAUCUGGGAGAAGGGAUGGAAUCUGGGAGAAGGGUAUGGAAUAAGGGAGAAGGGGAUGGAAUCUGGGAGAAGGGGAUGGAAACUGCGAGAAGGGGAUGGAAUAUGGGAGAAAGGGAUGGGAUCUGGGAGAAGAGGAUGGAAUCAGGGAGAAGGGUAUAGAAUCUGGGAGAAGGGGAUGGAAUAUGGGAGAAGGGGAUGGAAUCUGGGAGAAGGGGAUGGAAUAUGGGAGAAGGGGAUGGAAUCUGGGAGAAGGGGAUGGAAUAUGGGAGAAGGGGAUGGAAUCAGGGAGAAGGGGAUGGAAUGUGGGAGAAGGGGAUGGAAUCUGGGAGAAGGGGAUGGGAUCUGGGAGAAGGGGAUGGAAUAUGGGAGAAGGGGAUGGAAUCUGGGAGAAGGGGAUAGAAUCUGGGAGAAGGGGAUGGAAUCUGGGAGGAGGGGAUGGAAUCUGAGAGAAGGGGAUGGAAUCUGGGAGAAGGGGGUGGAAUCUGGAAGAAGGGGAUGGAAUCUGGGAGAAGGGGAUAGAAUCUGGGAGAAGGGGAUGGAAUCUGGGAGAAGGGGAUGGAAUCUAGGAGAAGGGGAUGGAAUCUGGGAGAAGGGGAUGGAAUCUGGGAGAAGGGGAUGGGGAUGGAAUCUGGGAGAAGGGGAUGCAAUCUGGGAGAAGGGGGUGGAAUCAGGGAGAAGGGGAUGGAAUCUGGGAGAAGGGGAUGGAAUCUGGGAGAAGGGGAUGGAAUCUGGGAAAAGGGGAUGGAAUCUGGGAGAAGGGGAUGAAAUCUGGGAGAAGGGGAUGGAAUCUGGGAGAAGGGGAUGGAAUCUGGGAGAAGGGAUGGAAUCUGGGAGAAGGGUAUGGAAUCAGGGAGAAGGGGAUGGAAUCUGGGAGAAGGGGAUGGAAUCUGCGAGAAGGGGAUGGAAUAUGGGAGAAGGGGAUGGGAUCCGGGAGAAGAGGAUGGAAUCAUGGAGAAGGGUAUGGAAUCUGGGAGAAGGGGAUGGAAUAUGGGAGAAGGGGAUGGAAUCUGGGAGAAGGGGACGGAAUCUGGGAGAAGGGGAUGGAAUCUGGGAGAAGGGGAUGGAAUAUGGGAGAAGGGGAUGGAAUCUGGGAGAAGGGGAUGGAAUCUGGGAGAAGGGGAUGGAAUCUGGGAGAAGGGGAUGGGAUCUGGGAGAAGGGGAUGGAAUCUGGGAGAAGGGGAUGGAAUCUGGGAGAAGGGGAUAG